CUUGGAGUCGAACGAACAGUAGACUUGGCAAGGGCCAGAUUUUAUUGGCCGAAAAUGCACAUGACCAUAGAAAAAAUGGUCAAAUCUUGUGAGCGAUGUAUCCGUCGAAAAACACCUCCAGAGAAAGCUGCUCCGUUGAUAAACAUUAAGACCUGCAGACCUCUCGAACUAGUGUGCAUGGACUUUUUAUCAAUAGAGCCAGAUCGCUCAAACACAAAAGAUGUAUUGGUCAUAACUGACCAUUUUACAAAGUAUGCAGUAGCAGUGCCAACUCCAAAUCAACGAGCACGGACUGUAGCAAAGUGUCUCUGGGACAACUUCAUUGUCCAUUAUGGUUUUCCCGAAAAGCUUCUUAGUGAUCAGGGUCCUGACUUUGAAUCAAAGACCAUUAAGGAACUCUGUGAACUUACUGGCAUGAAGAAAGUGCGUACAACCCCUUACCACCCUAGAGGGAAUCCGGUUGAGAGAUUCAACCGCACUCUUCUCCAGAUGCUUGGGACACUGGAUCGGUCAGAUAAACUCCACUGGAGAGACUUCGUCAAACCUCUGGUACAUGCUUAUAAUUGUACGAAGAGUGACGUGACUGGAUUUUCCCCCUAUGAAUUGAUGUUUGGGAGGCAACCAAGACUGCCCAUCGACCUUAUCUUUAGGUUGCCCACUAAUGCUACUAAGCAGACUCAUUCCCAGUACGUCGGUAAUCUAAAAUCUCGUUUGGAAGAAAGUUACCGGAUUGCCACCAGUAAUGCACAAAAGAAUGCAGGUCGCAACAAAGCCAGAUUUGACCGACGAGUUGUUGAAUCAACAUUGCAGACUGGAGACAGAGUUCUUGUACGAAAUGUGAAGCUCCGUGGAAAACAUAAGCUGGCAGAUAAGUGGGAAGAGGAUGUUUACAUUGUCCUUAAGCGAGCUGGAGAAAUGCCGGUCUACACAGUUAAACCUGAGGGUAAAGAUGGACCUGUGCGGACUCUACAUCGUGACUUGCUUCUCCCAUGUGGAUUUCUGUCAGCAGCUGCAGAACCCGAGACAGUCAAAACCCAUCCAAACAGGAGACCCAGAACAAGGCAGUGUUCCGUUGUUGAGAGCGAAGAUGAAAUUCCCUCUGAUCUGGACGAUGUACCUGAUUGGACGUUUCGCCCUCUCAUUACAUCAAAGCCCGACGUAUAUGUCCCAGUUCAUGAAACUCACAAGUUGAGUCAACCUCCUUGUGUGGUCAGGCUAUCAGCAGAACCAGAGGUGCCUACAGUUUCACUUCCACCUGAUCCUCCUGCCACUGAAUCCCUUGUAGUAGAGGAAGGUGAAGGAGUGAUUCAGGAUGUACCUGAACAUGACAACUUACCUGAACGUGACAACUCACCUGAAUCAAAUAUAUUGCCUGGGCUUGACUCAGCCAAAGGACUUCCUCAAAGUUCAGAAUUGCAGCAGUCUGAGGAAGCACCUCCAGAUGAUGAGACAAGCUCUGAUGCAGCAUGUGAUGAAGGAUUGAGUGAUGUGAACAGACCUGUUACCGAACAGCCUGAACCUGUGAUGAUCCAAAAUAACGGAUUUCAAGAUGAUGAGCCAUCUCUUCCUCUUCGUCGUUCUAACAGAAUGCAUGCAAAGCCCAAGAGAUUGCAUUAUGUAAAACUUGGGAAUCCCCUGAUAACGGUGGUGAAUUCUCUUUUCCAAGGCCUUAGUGAGGCAUUGACUAGCUCUUUAAAUGGAUUUGAGGAUCCAACUAGCAAUUAUGUUGGAAAGGUCAAAGCAGUGUAACUCAGUGCCACAUUGCAGAUGCCCAGGGACGGGCAUACCAUCAAGAGGGGAGGGUGUAACCCACAUAAAAUGAGGGUACCACUUUAAGGAGUGAUAGAUAUGAGGAGAGAUGGACAGCCUGCUCAACCAAUCAGAAUGCACAGGCCCCAGUAUGCUUUGGCCAAUGGGAAAGCAGCCUGCCGCUGUAUGUCCCACCCACCUGCUCUGUGUUCGCUGCUAUGUGUGGAGGUAGUCGCGUGCUGGCAGGAGAAAAGAGAGACUGAAGCUUUUGAGCUGGAAAAAGUAUUAGAUAUAAGUUGCAACCAACUAUGCUGCACAUAAGUUCGCUGAUUAUCAGCUACCUUCCAUGUUAAGAGUAGCCACAGUGAGUAAACAGGCGAAUGCUGCAGUUUUCUGGCGACUUUAGAAAGUACUGCGUGGAGCUAAACUGUUAGCCUUUGUUAGCUCUGGUUGCUAUCAACUGCCUGAAAGUUCAUCUUAAUCUGCUUCCAGAAGUAAGAGCCCCGCAUUUUCCGACCGAGAGACACCAUACCAUUGUCUUCGGCCGUGAUGCACUGAGAUCGGUGAGCACAUGUUGUAUGUCUCAGUUAGUUCACGUCUGUUUCACAUUUUAUCGUUGAGAAACUGAAUUUAUCUGAAUUGUUUGAUUAAUAGUUGUCACAUAUGCACUGACUUGGUGUAAUGCAUAGUUUGUGUAAGAGAGAUGUUUUAUUUUUGCAAAUUUGAGUAUUUUAAUUGCAAAUUGAUGUCGAACAUGAUGUCAACAAAAUUCAAAGUUGUGAAUUAUAGCUAGAACAGCAUAAUUAAUAUUUGAAUUGCUCUUCUGACCCUGUCUGUUGACAGGUCAGGUUUUUUUUGUCUGCUGAAUUGUUCCUGAGGUGGAUUCCUCCGGUGAAAUAGAUGGCGAGCCUUCCCACCUGGACUUAGAGAGACUGAGAUUUGCUUCUUUUCCACUCGAUGAUCUGCUGCACCUUGCGGUGUGGUAGGACUGUAUCACUCACACUUUCACAAACGGCUGGUUAUACAUAAGACCACUGACUGACAUUCUCUCACCCCUAUUUUCUUUCACACCCUGGGAAUUUUUUGGACUUUACCCCUUGGACAUUUUUUAUUUGGGACUUUAAAUAAUAAGCUGUUGUGUAGAACAUUCUCCACAUGUGAAAAGAGUGUGAGAUCUUCAUUUGAGUGUACAUUAGAUUUGUGUAAUCUGUUUCUAUAAGUGUUAAGGAGUCAGAUUACUAGGGUGCACCCGAGCAUUGAAACCCGAGCAUUGGAACCCGAGCAUUGAAACCCGAGCAUUGAAACCCGAACAUUGAAAAACAAAAGUAACACUUGGCCAAGUCGUUGUUUUAGUAGUUUAUGUGUUUUACUUUUCUUUCAUUAUUGUAAGUUUCCUUUCUACAAUUGUAAAGUGCCUUUAACCUGUGUUUGUCAACCGUAUGAUUUAUUUCACUAAAGUUGGCUGGUUCUUUUGAGUUACAGUCUUGUCUCUGUGUCUCAUUUAAACACACCCCUGUGCUCCUAUAGUCGAACCUAUUGGCCCAUUUAUAUA